AUGACUUCCAGGCAGAGCGAGCCUAUUGCCAUUAUUGGCAGUAGUUGUCGAUUUGCUGGGGAUGCCAGCUCGCCAUCUAAGCUCUGGGAUAUCCUGCAAAAGCCCAAAGACCUUCGACGUGAGGUCACAGAUCGCUUUAACAUCAAUAGUUUCUACCAUUCAGACCCAUCACACCAUGGCCACACCAACGUUAAGCAUGCAUACCUUCUAGAUGAAGACCUUGGAGGAUUUGAUGCCGAAUUCUUUAGUGUCAAACCAGUUGAAGCUAAAGCAAUUGAUCCACAACAACGACUUCUAAUGGAAGUCGUAUACGAGGGGUUGGAAUCAGCAGGCGUAGACAUCACUGAUCUGCGAGGCAGUGAUACCGGCGUCUACGUCGGUGUGAUGGUUGGCGACUAUGGGACGAUGUCUCUCCGUGAUAUGGAUCAAACCCCAACGUACUAUGCCACCGGUACAGGAAGAAGUAUCCUUUCUAAUCGAGUAUCAUACUUUUUUGACUGGCGUGGUCCCUCCAUUUCUAUCGAUACAGCGUGCUCAUCCAGUCUGAUCGCGAUUCAUAUGGCCGUACAAUCUCUUCGAAGUGGCGAGAGUCACAUGGCAGUUGCCUGCGGUUCGAAUUUGAUCUUGGGGCCGGAGAACUUUAUUAUAGAAAGCAAGUUAAAGAUGCUUUCUCCGGAUGGUCGCAGUCGUAUGUGGGACGAAGGCGCCAAUGGUUACGCUCGUGGAGAGGGUGUCGCCUCCGUUGUGCUAAAGACACUCAGUGCUGCCAUUGCGGAUGGUGAUCAAAUUGAAUGCGUAAUUCGAGAGACUGCCACAAACCAGGACGGCGCUACCAAUGGUAUCACAAUGCCUAGUGCCACGGCCCAGGAGUCGUUGAUUCGAUCCACAUAUGCAAGAGCAGGACUGGAUUUACGCGUCCCCAGCGACCGACCACAAUAUUUCGAAGCCCAUGGUACUGGUACCCCAGCCGGUGACCCAAUCGAAGCUGAAGCGAUACAAAAUGCCUUUUACGGCUCCUUUGAUGGUGGCUCUAAGCUGAAUAGUGAUGGGCAUCCACUUUACGUCGGGUCCAUCAAAACAGUGCUUGGGCACACGGAGAGUACUGCAGGUAUUGCAGCGAUCCUCAAAGCAUCCGAAGCUCUCCGCCACGGAGUUAUACCACCAAAUAUGUUACUUGAGAACCUUUCAAACAGUGUCAAGCCAUUUUACCAGGAUUUGGAGAUUCCGACGACUGCCAAGAAGUGGCCUCAUGUUCAGGAGGAUCUCCGGAGAGCUAGUGUAAACAGCUUUGGUUUUGGUGGCUCCAACGCCCAUGCUAUUCUCGAGAGUUAUAACAACAAUAGGUCAAGCGGUUCUGACAUUCAGGCUGUAUAUGGUCCUCUGGUUUUCUCUGCAUUUUCAGAGAAAUCACUGCGUCAAUCCUUGUCUGCCUACGCCCAACACUUAGAAACUGACGGCGCAUCGAUCAACAUAGCAGAUCUUGCAUAUACCCUACGAAAGCGACGGACUGCUUUCUCUCACCGGCUUUCCAUUCCAGCAUCAUCAAUUGUCGACCUCAAAGAAAAGUUACUGUCCAAAUUGAAAGAUGAAGACACCCCACUUGGUAUCAAAGCUUUGCCAAAAUCUAAAAAUGGCAAAGCAAAGCUUCUGGGUAUCUUCACCGGUCAGGGAGCACAGUAUGCCCGCAUGGGUGCUGAGUUGAUUGAACAGAAUCCAGUGGCGCGACAGAUUAUUCAGGAAUUGGAAGCUCACCUUGCAAAAUUACCAGCCAAGGACCGCCCUACGUGGUCACUCGAGAAGGAGAUCCUUGCUUCACCAGAAGUAUCCCGCAUUGGUGAUGCAGUACUGUCGCAGCCACUCUGCACUGCAAUUCAAAUUUUACUACUCCACAUACUUCGAAUGGCUGGUGUUGAACUCGAUGCAGCGGUCGGUCACUCAUCUGGUGAGAUCGCUGCCGCGUACGCUGCUGGCGUUUUAACGGCCAGGGAUGCCAUCUACAUUGCUUACUAUCGUGGCUUACACGUCCAAUCGGCGGAAAGCCCCAACGGUAGCAAAAUCAAGGGUGCCAUGCUUGCAGUGGGUAGCUCCAAGGAGGACAUGGAUGAGCUGUGCACAGAUGAGAUGUUCCGAGGUCGGUUAAAUGUCGCAGCCGCCAAUUCAGCAUCGAGUGUAAGUAUUUCUGGUGACGAAGAUGCAAUCGCAGAACUUCAAGACAUCCUAGACGAUGAAAAGAAGUUUAACAGAAGACUUCGUGUUGAUACUGCAUAUCAUUCUAACCACAUGCUUGCUUGUUUCAAUCCAUAUGUCGAAUCACUUCGUCAAUGUGGAAUCGUGUCGCGAAAGCCGAAUGGAAAAUGCGCCUGGUACUCAAGCGUCUACAACAAGCUAGUCGACGAGGAUAUGUCUCUUGCAGAUGUUUAUUGGGCGGAAAAUAUGACGAAGCCAGUGUUGUUCUACGACGCUCUCGUUACUGCGCUCGCUUCUGACUCGUACGACGUGGCUCUGGAAAUCGGUGCUCAUGCCGCUCUUAAGGGUCCUGCAACUCAGACAAUCCAAGAGACUGAAGGAAAAGAGAUUCCUUAUUGCAGUCUACUCGUCCGUGGAAAUGAUUCGAUUGAAGCUACCUCGGCUGGAUUCGGGUACUUGUGGUCAUAUCUCGACAAGUCGCUGGUCGAUCUCAAUAAGCUCGAAAUAGCGAUGAACGGCGGCAACGAUCAAUUUCAAGUAGUCAAAGGUCUUCCCACCUACCAAUGGAUUCAUGAGCGCAGCUAUAUGCAUGAAACCAGAGCUUCUCGAAAGAUUUAUCAAACGCAGGAACCUUUCCACCCAAUGUUGGGCCACAUCACCCCGGAUAGCGCCCCUCAUCAAAUGAUCUGGAAGAACCUUCUACGUGAAAGUGAAAUGCAAUGGCUAUCGGGACACAAGGUUCAGAGCCAAACCGUCUUUCCAGCUGCUGGUUACUUGUCAUCUGCCAUGGAAGCUUCCCGUCGCCUGGCCGAUUCUGUCAAUCAAGAAAUUCGCCUGAUCGAGGUCCGCGAUUUUGUCAUCCAUCAAGCAAUUGCCUUUGAUCAAGAUCAUCCCGACAUCGAGGUUCUGAUUCAGAUGGCAAAUGUCACCCAUGAGCGUAAUAAAAAUCGCAUCUUAGCAACUUUCACUUACUCGGCCGUUCUUGGUGCCGGUGCCGACGACUUUACUUUAGCGGCCAGCGGUGAUGUUGAGAUCCUGCUUGGUGAACCUUCGACGUCUCUUUUGCCUACACGCCCAGCACCACUUCCACAUGUUAUUGACGUUGAGGCGGAUCGCUUUUACACCGCCUUGGCUGAUCUGGGUUACAACUUCAGUGGUAGAUUCCGUUCGUUGACUUCACUUCAAAGAAAGCACCACCGCGCUACGUGCUUCGUGAAGAUGCAGCCAUUUGAGGAGGGUGAAGUGCCUCUACUGAUUCACCCGACGGAGCUUGAUGCCGUACUACAGUCUAUAAUUCUUGCCUACAGCUAUCCCUAUGACGAACAAUUGCGUACAAUUCACUUGCCCACUUCCAUCCAGCAAGUCAGAAUCAAUCCGGCACUUUGCAACGCAACCGCCUGGCAGCAGGGACAAUUAGCCCCCGUGGACUCUGCCAUCGUUCCACGCAAGCCGGAUGAGAGAGGAAUCACCGGACACGUUCAACUCUACUCUUAUGCCGAUCAACAUGCUGCUAUUCAGAUCCAAGGCGCAAGUUUCAUGCCUUUCGGUGGAAGUACAGCAGAAGCCGACCGCAGGGUCUUUUCCAAAGUGGACUGGAUCAGCAGCCAACUAGAUGGCGAGGCCGCUGCUCGUGAAAUACCUCUAGGGGAAAGUCAUCGUAACAUGGUCAUUAUGCUAGAAAGGAUCGCAACUUUCUAUCUCCGUAAAUUCCACCGAGAAGUGCCUGCUGAUCAUCCUAUGAGAUCGGAAUUCACCACCAAGUGGUACCUCAACUAUGCCCGGUAUAUCACAGAUAUGGUAGAGACAGGGAAACACAAAUGGGCUCAGAAAGAGUGGCUAAAUGACACCAUUGAGGACGUCAAGAACUGCAGCAAGGCCUUUGCUCAUAUCCCGGACGUCCAGAUCAUGCACCUCGUUGGAGAACAGAUGCCAAAUGUGUUCGAGGGAAAGACAACUAUCCUUGAGCAGUUUAGAGCCAAUGACAUCCUUGACCGUUACUACGCCAGUGGUUUUGGUCUACGAGAGUCUGGGCAGUGGGUUAGUCGAACUGUGAAGCAACUUGUUGAACGCUUCCCUCACAUGAACAUCUUAGAAGUUGGUGCCGGAACUGGUGGUGCUACCAAGGCCAUAUUUAGGGAAAUUGGUUCUAGCUUCCGAUCUUACACCUACACGGAUAUUUCAGCAGCCUUUUUCGGCAAUGCUGCUUCCAUUUUCUCACAACAUACGGAUCGCAUGAUUUUCAAAACUUUCAAUGCUGAAAAUGAUCCUUUGGAUCAAGGAUACACAGAAGCAUCUUACGAUUUGAUCGUCGCAUUUUUUGUCAUCCAUGCUACUAGCGACCUCGAGCGAGCCUUGCGCCAUAUUCGUCGUCUACUAAAGCCAGGUGGUUUUCUUGUCGUUGGUGAGGGCCAGGAAGGUAUGAAUGGAGUUGCUAGCAGUGGCUUCAUCUUUGGUACCCUUCCCGGUUGGUGGCUCGGAACUGAUACCGGUCGUGAACUGUCGCCUCAUGUCUCUCCACAAGGCUGGGUUGACCUCCUUCACAAGACUGGAUUCGGCGGUGUGGAAUCCCAUUCUCCCGAUGUAUUUGAGGAUGUGCUCAAUGUCUUCCACUUUUCAGCCCAAGCUGUUGACGAUGAGGUUAGCUUUCUACGGAACCCCCUGACGACGACUUCCUGGAAGCCGUCGCCCAUCCAAAAGUUGGUGAUCGUUGGUGGUCAAACGCAAAGAAGCUCGCACCUCACUACGAGCCUCAAGUCGAUCCUUGGAAGGUUUGCCAACCAGACACUUUGUUAUCCUUCGCUUGUCGAUGUCGAUUUCGAUAUCGUCGACGCCGACUCAACGGUGGUGAGCUUGACUGAACUUGACCACCCAGUUUUCAAAGAUAUAUCAGCAGAGACUUUCAGUGGAUUGAAACAGAUGUUUGGGUCGGAAAAAACACUUCUCUGGAUUACCAGUGGUCGUCGUGGCGAUGAGCCGUACUGCAAUAUGACAGUCGGAUUCGGCCGAACUGCGCAGCAUGAAACACCUGGUCUAAAUCUCCAACAAUUGGACCUUGAAGAUCCCGAGAACGUUAGUGCCGAGGCCGUAGCCGAAAUGCUGCUUCGCUUCCAUGUUACCAAGGACAAGAAGGGAGAACACCUCUGGAAUCCAGAGCCUGAGUUGGUCAUUACCAAGGAUGAGUCCCGCCUCGUCACGCGGUUGAAACCGAUUCCCGAACUCAAUGACCGGUACAAUUCGGCAAGCCGACCCAUCAUUCAAGAAAAAUCAACAGCAGACAACAAUCUCACGUUGACUUUCAAUGAAUCUGGAUGCAUUCUCAAAGAACAGUCUAGAUACGAGGCUGAAAUAAUUGAGCACAACAAUCCCGAGGGCCUUGUUGACUUCCAGACUACACAUACCGUUUUUUCUGCACUCAAGACUGUAGUGGGAUAUAGGUAUCUAGUUUCGGGUCUACAAACGGAGAGCAAUACUUUGUAUCUGGCACUAGUCCCAUCAUUGUCGUCGGUUACUAAAGCUCCAUUGACAUGCGCUGUUGCCUACGAUAAUGCUGGUGCUUCCAAUGCGGAAUUGCUUGCCAAGGUUGCCGCUCAUCUUAUCGCCAUGAACAUCGUCAACCCUCUCUACAAUGGUCAAACUUUACUGGUACAUAACGCGACAAUCAGUGUUGCUCAGUCAAUAGCUACCCUGGCUACUGAAAAGGGUGUUAAUGUGGUUCACACAUAUGAUUCCUCGUAUGAAAAGGUCCCUGAGACUUGGACCAAGCUUCACGACUAUCUCAGCACUCCAGAUAUUGAUGAAAUUUUACUUACUGCACCUUCGUCAUUUGUCAGCUUUACACAAGACGAUAUCACUGAGAACGAGAAAUCUUUGCUGGCAACGCUUCCUAUUGACUGCCUCGUAAUGACGACCAAGACGAUGUAUUCAUUGACUGCAUCAGCUUCUCACAUCCCAGCUCCGCCAGGUCUCAAGGAAAGUCUUACAAAAGCCCUUCAAUAUGCUCGGCUAGAAAACAAAUCUACAUCUGACACUGAAUGUGUCACCCUCGACACUCUUUCUAGUGAAGAGCGUCCUUCACAGCCUUUGACUAUUAUCGACUGGGAAAAGGACUCUUCAUUGCCAGUGCAACAGGCUCGCUUAGACAGUUCGACAAUGUUCAAGGGUACAGAUAGUACUUAUUGGAUUGUCGGAAUGUCUGGGGCGCUAGGUCUUUCCCUCACUGAUUGGAUGAUUAGCAAGGGUGCCAGAAAUGUUGUCUUAACAACCAGAAACCCUGACGUUGCUCCAGAAUGGCUGGCUGCCCACAAACGAAGAGGAGCAACAGUCGCCGUCUUUCCAUGCGAUGUGACAAAUGAGGAAGGCAUGAACGAAAUUCAUCGUAAAAUCCAAGAUACUCUACCACCUAUUGUCGGUGUCAUGAACGGAGCUAUGGUGUUACGUGAUGUUUCCAUUCGUAACAUGUCAUACAAGGAGCUCACUGAUGUCUUGAGACCCAAGGUCAUUGGUAGCAUCAUUCUGGAUAAGAUGUUCUAUACUACGGAUCUUGACUUUUUCGUUCUGGUCUCGUCCAUUAACUGUGUUAUUGGAAACCUGGGUCAAGCUAAUUACGCAGCUGCCAAUACCUUUAUGUGCGCUCUUGCAGCUCAGCGACGUCAGAGAGGACUUCGUGCAUCCACCGUCAACGGUGGAGCUAUAAUUGGUGCUGGAUACAUGGAGCGUGAAUCCCGUAAGGCUCUGGACAUGAUUGUACAGAAACUCCAUAUGAUGCGUCUCUCAGAGGAAGAUUGGAACCAGACGAUCUGCGAGGCCAUUGAUGCUAGUCGCCUAGAGUCACCACAUGGGCCAGAAAUUACUGCAGGUCUUUCUGAUGUUCCAUUUGACACGCCAAAUGCUCCAUACUGGUUCCUGAAUCCUAAGUUCUCCUCUUUCAUCGUUCAAAGCCAGACAGCAGUAUCUGGCAAAGACAAAGAGAAAACUACGCUGUCUGUUAGGGAUCAACUCCAGAAGUGUGAAACGAUUAGCCAAGUCCAGAAGGCUAUUGAACAUGCUUUUUCUAGUCAAUUACGACAAGUUCUUCAGGUCACGACUUCAGAUGAAGAAAUUAUGGCCGCUCACGGUGCUGACAUUGGUCUGGACUCUCUUGUCUCCGUUGACAUUCGCGCAUGGUUCUUGAAUACUCUUCAAGUCAGCAUUCCGGUGUUGAAGAUCAUGGGUAACGAGUCGAUGUCGAGUCUUGUCUCAUACGCAGUGAAUGCACUGCCUCCGGCUUUCAUUCCUGAGCUGGCUGGAGGCCAAGACGAUGGAUCCAACACCGAUGAGAGCUCCCCACCUACUGAAUCCGAUGCGGGUUCUAUCUUAAAGGUUGAUUCCCAAAUUACCACAGCAGUGACAACCCCAGAGCGCAAGGGUUCACCUGAUGGGAAUAAGCAAGAUCUCAACCAUUCCGCGGAAAUUGAUUGGCAAGCAGAAGCUCGCCCCCCGGUAUAUGAUCCAAACUUCGUUUCGUCGGCCACCGGUUCAUCGCCUAAGAACCCACCAGAUGUUAUCGUUCUCACGGGUGCAGCGGGUCUUUUGGGACACCAUUUGCUGAACUGGUUCCUAGAAAAGACGCCUGCUCGCAAAAUCCACUGCCUUGCCGUUCGGAAUUUGUCCACUCGCCUGGCAAACAAAGAGCUUCCAAUUAACCCACGUGUAAUCUACCACGAAGGUGAUUUGGCUUUGCCUCUCCUUGGUCUAUCUGAAAAGCAGGCUGCCGAUAUCUUCGCAGAGACCGAUGUCGUAAUACACAAUGGUUCUGAUACCUCGCAUUUGAAAUACUUCCCAGACAUGCGUACUGCCAAUUGUGGUUCGACAAGGGACCUUACUCGUCUCUGCAUUCCGCGACGUAUUCCUAUCCACUACGUGUCCUCUGUCGGUGUUUGCGUGUUAUACAACCAGCCUUCCUUCCCACCAGUCUCAGUCACUGGUCCUAACUCUUUGCUACCAGCGCCAGACGGCACUUUCGGAUACAUGUGCUCAAAGUGGGUCAACGAGCGUUUCCUCGAACAGGUUCACGAUACCUAUGGCUUGCCGGUCUACAUCCAUCGCCCUUCGACAAUUAUCCGCGAGGAUGAUGAUGCAACGAAUGCCAGGGCGGAACUUGACUGGGUAAAUGCCUUCCUGCAUUACGCAAAGAAAAUAAAGGCUGUUCCGCAAGUGAAGCACAACACCGGAGCUCUUGAUCUUGUAUCAAUCAAAACGGCCUGCAGCGAUAUCCUCAACGCGAUCCUCGAUACGAGCAACCCAAAGAAUGUCACAUACAUCCACGAGGUUGGCGACAUUGUGCUGCCGUUGAAUGAUAUGAAGAGUAGCAUCUCUCCUAAGGGCGGAAAGCCGUAUGAUGUGCUGCCCAUUGAGGAAUGGAUUUCAAGGGCAGUCGCAGAGGGUCUACAUCCUGCAAUUGCUACUCUUAUUGAAAUAAUGGAUACCCCUGGAGCCCCUGAUUACCCUAAACUCCUGAAGACUAUCCCACCCGCCUAA